AUGUUUACAUUAGCCAUUGGUUGUAUUCAUUCUGGUCUUAACGAACAUUCAGGUGCUUCUAGUUAUUCCUCCAAGUGUGAUCCUGUACAGUGCAAUCUACAACCAUUUACUAAAAUGAAUCCUGGAAAAGCAAAUGCAGACGACUUAUUUCCCUCUGAAGGAGAAAUCACUGAUGACACUUCGAAGAAAGCGAUCAAGCGAAAGUCAUCAGCUUCUGCUAGCACACCCAGAGCUGGUUCAUCGAAGAAGCCCAACUUCAAGCCGAUCCCCGAGAAGAAGAAUACCUGUACGGCUAAGGAGCUUUUCGGGACAGAUAGUGAAGAUGAUGAUAAUACAGAGCUACUGAGCGGUAAAAAUGCACCAAUAGUUUCUUAUAUAUCCAGACGCCUAGCGAAUGGUCAAUCACGGCAGGCUUAUGAUAGAAAACCAGGCAAUUAUUUUAUCGACUUAAAAGUGUACCGAUGUGAGGAUAUAGAACGAAUUCAACCUGUAAACAGGUGGCGUCAGGCUAUCAUUACAGUGAAGAAUCGCACCAACGAUGACUCGGAAGCCUGGCGUCAUCUAUCAAAUUUCUUAACCUCUACUCGUAAGGAGUACAGGCAGUGCCCAUCCACCUUUAUUAGCAACUACUACUAG